CACGAUCGGUCGCAAGUCACUUGGUGAAGUUGGAGAUGGAUCUAUGUUGGAUAGUCAUGGGUCUGUAAAGUUGAAAUUAUUAUGAUGCAUAUGCUUUUUCUUUAUGUAGUUUUUUUUUUUUUUAUUGGUGAACAAAAAGCAUAUGGUGCCUUUGACCCUUUUUUUUUUUUUUUGCCUUCAUUGAUCCUUAAAACAUUGGUUACCACUCAUAAAUGUAAAAUCUCGAAAAUAAAUACCUAAAAUAUGCAGUGAAAUGAUUCCCAAGGACCAGGGGCCACCUCUAAUUCCCUCAAAAAAAUUCUAUUUAUUCAUAGUUUUCUCUAUAACUUUUUCGCAAGAGAUAUAUCAAUGGGUCUAAAUUUGUUCGAACCUAACAAGAAGGAAAGGGAGUUAUGAUGACACAAGAUAAGCUCAUGUAUGAUGGUAAAGAAAUUCCUUCCCUUGAACUCAGUUUAAAGAGGUUGAGGUAUGUUGGAGAUACACUGACCCAUGCCUGCGAACGGAAUGUUUUAAGACAUACAGACCUUUCAGCCUUCUCUAGGUAUAAUUCUGGUUCAACCGCUAAUCAGGCUCCAGCUGGGAAUGUAGAUUGCUGUUCUCCUGUUGAUAAUGGCUCAGAGGCAGCCAAAACAGAUUCAAUGAAGAAUUUGCAGUCUAACUCUAAUAGCAUGCCUCCAAAACAGCAGUCCAGUGGGAGUAGUAACAAUAAUGACAUGGGUUUCAUUACUAACAAUGCAUUCACUAAACCAGCAGGGUUCAGUGACAGGCAAACACCUAAAUGUGUAAUCAAACCUCUUCAUCCCUCUUCUGCUUUUCGACCAGUGCAGAAUGGCCGUGUAUCUGCCCCUCAGCCUGUCAUACAAGGUAAGAGUGAUGCUGCAAAACCUAACAUGACGUUGGUUCAAGCAAGGGGCAUGAACCAGCAGGUACAAGUGCAGGAUCACCAUCACCAUUAUCAUCACCAUCACCAUUAUCAUCACCACCACCAUCUUGUCCAUAACAUGCCCAAGCAUCAGCAGCUAGGUAACCAUGACAAUAUCCCUUCACAAAAUACGGCAGCAGCAGCUACCCAGUGCGGAUCAUCUAAUCUAUCAGGCGCACCAAAUCUGGAAGGCAAUGCUUGUAAUUUCAGUUUGAAUGGAAGUGCCUCAGGAAGUAACCACGGGAGUAAUGGACAGAAUGGGGAUGGCCCUGCUUUAAAUACCAGAGUUACAAAUAUUGAAAGUGGAAUUGGAGUACCCGAGAAAGGUGGAGCUGGUGGUGGAAUUGGAUUCAGGAGCAGUUGUGUUAAUCAAAACCGUUCCACACAAAGAGAACUUGCUUUGAACAAAUUCCGGCAGAAGAGAAAACAAAGAUGCUUCACAAAGAAGGUAACCUCAUCCAACAAAGAGAAAUAUCUAGUGAGGCCUUUUAUUGGAUCUCAUCUCCUAACAUCUAGUUUAAAAUCAUGGAGAUGUGACUUCCUUUCUUUUAGGCAGUUAUUAUUAUUACUAUUUUGUGUGGCCAACUUUAGGCAGUUAUUUUGGAACAGAAAAUUUACAGGAAAAUGUCUACCUAAUACCAUCAACUUUUUCAGGUCCGCUACCACAGUAGGAAGAAACUGGCUGAACAGAGGCCACGCUUACGAGGACAGUUUGUGCGACAUGUGCCUGAAAACAAUAACGGGGACACACAUUGCUUACCCCCUUCCUCUUCUCGCAAUGCAAAUCUAGUUCUUUAGAUCAAAUGGGGUGCGAGCUUUCAGACACCUCUCCACCGAAUGGUACCUAAAUCUAGUGGUAAAGAGUUACCUAUAACAAGAGACUGUAUGUGUUAUCCAAGUGUGGAACUGUAUUGUGUUAACUAUAUCGACAAGAGACUGUAUGUGUUAUCCAAGUGUGGAACUGUAUUGUGUUAAGUGUUACCUAUAUCGACACUGCUGUUGCUACUACUUAGCUACUACUAGUAUUAGUACUGCAGAGAAGGUAGUAACCCCUGACAGGUUAGCCUUUUCAUGCUGCAGUUUGUUGUUUGUUAAAAAUCUUGCUUCCAGAUGCGUUGUUGGUUCCUAUAUGCACCUCUCUUUCCAUAUUCCUUUCUUCUGGUAUGAUAGAUUAUACAUAACAAACCGUUAUAUUUAGGUGCUAUUAUCUUCCCAUUCAAACAAUAUAUACAAUGUUGUAUGCAGGAAGUAUGGGUUACAGAAGGAACGAUUACCUUCCAAGAUAUCAUGACUACUACAACUCCAAGGAAUGAAGUUUUAAAUUCAUACCUGGGUGGAAAAAAAUAUGCUUCAUUACCUCUUGAAUUUAGGCUUUGGAUCAUCUGGGUAUAUCAAGGGAAGGUAUACGGAUAGAAUGGUCAAUUAGAAGGAAGGAAUACUCAGAUGCCUAUAAGGUGGGAGGAGAAAAAUUGCCCACAAAAGAUAAGAGAAGAACUUUGUGUUGUCUUUUCACCCUCUGUUUUUCGCCUUUUGUUUUCGCUUUUUGUCACGUGGCAGGGCGGUGGCUGUUUAUUCCGAUG